AUGUUAUUGGAAAAAAGGCUAUUCUUGUUUUGUAAAGUGCUCGUCUUCUUUAUAAAUGCAUAUGGUGCCAGUGAAACGAAGAAUACCACCAACGCGUUAGCAGAACAUGAACUUGGAGGAACUAUAGGAAAUAAACGGGUUAGUUCCUUUAGUCAUUGGGCUAGUUUGCUACAACGAGAGUACCUUUUAAUUUUAGCAGAAGUUCGUUCAUAUAAAUACUCUAACUAUAAUACAUAUUGUAUAUGAAUGUAAGCCUCAUCGGGUUAAUAUAUGAUCCUAACUUGCGUUGCGCGUAUUGUAUGUUUUAAUAAGAACUGACAUUGUUUGUAUUUUCUCGCAAGAUGUCAAUACUGGUACCAAAGGGAAGCAAGUCGGAAAAAACCUUGUGACCUUUUUCUUCGUAGAAUUAAAAAAUGAGAAAAUGUCACAUUUUAAAUAUAAUCUUAAUUAGCACUGGUCAAUCAUGACCAUAAUCAAAUUUAGUUUGAUCAAUCAGGUGAUAGCUGCUCAGAAGAUUACUAUAAAACUUAUUUUACAAGUUGUAAACACCAAUCGAAUUUAGCCAAUCAGAAGCAAACAUGACAAAAAUAGUGACAUAGCAACAUUGUUGUACAAUUUUGCAGCAAACUAAACCGAAGGCAGCUAAUAUUUGACAGAAACGCGUACAAUAUCACAAGAGGAUUUCCGCAAUUUUUUUUUUAAUUUCUUUUUUUCUACUUCUGGCAAGGACAAGUUAGGGAAAAUCCGUCCACUCCGCUGGAAAAAACAAUGCUAUAAAAUUAAUAAAUUACCAAGUUUGAAGGUGAUUUGCUGAAAACUAACGAAGAUGGAGCUCCUCAAAGUCGCGAAAUUUUACAGAAAAAAUUCAGUUCAGUUCAGUUCAUAUAUUUUAGUUUGUUAUAUAGUCAAGAGGGAUUUAUAAAACGGGGGGUGGUAUGUUUGCAGAUAUUUAAAAACGUUGAAACACCUCGUCGAUAUUGAAGCGCACGAAUAAUCUUUAUAGUGAAAGUUUGAACCGUUAACAUAGUUUUUUAACUGAGGUGCUCUUUCCAGUUGUGUCAAUCGAUUUUUCCUAACAGCUAGCGCAUGUCGAAACUUGAAAAAGCUGGGAUGGGUCUUUUUUACCCUUAAAGUACUCUUACUAGCUUCCUGUACCCUGUAUAACAGCGCAGUUUACCCAAGGCUCCUACCAAUAACUAAAAGUGAUUUUGCCUUUCUUUCUUCCUUUCUUAUUUUUUUUUUUAUAAAUAGCAAUUUAUUUCUGGCUUGCCUCCUCAUAUGUCACCUUGGCAUUUCCGAGCUAUGGUGGAGGCUGGUACCGAAGAGUGUAGCGUCAAUAAGGACUGUCCAAAAGGAAGAUUUUGUGACGUUCACACGUGUAGGGCCUGUGUACACGAGAAUGCAGCUUGCCAUUUUAUAGGUGAGAACAUGUCAGCACAUGUUAAAUCGAGUUAUCACGACGCGACCAUGACAAAUGGCCCUUUGAGCUAUGACCAUGCAGACAACUUCUCUUAAGAACGCAAACACAUACAAACUUAUUUCUUCAUAGGUUUCUUCCACAAGUGAAGAACGCAAACGAUUAUCUUAAAAGACUCGACCCUCUGAGCAGUUCUUCCUUAUGCGAACAGCCGUGAACGGAUACGUUUGUAUGCAUUGUAUACCAAGUCAAAAACACUCUUGUGGACAUUGUCUUCUAUUAAUUAAGGGUCAGUAAAUUGCGAAAAUCAGUUCCCCGAGUUUAGUUAAACUUCAUGAUCACUGCAAUUGUGAAACUUAUACAUUCUGAUCCACAACUGAAAUGUCCCCUGAACUAAAGGACGAAGAAAUAUAUAUAAUAUAUUUUUUCCCAAGGUGUUUCAAGCCGCUGUUAAUUGUUUAUGGUGAUUUGUUCCAUUACUAACUUUCAAUCUUGGAAAACAUCGGCCUGACUUUUUUAGUCCACUAUCCCUGUUCGAUCCUUUAGCCAUAGAACCCAACACUGAUCGUUUUAAUUUCAUGAUCUAGCUACUAGCAAUCGGUAACAUUUAGCAAGACUAGACCUGGACUAAAUAUCUGGUAGCACUUAUAGUCUUCGUUACGUUGCUGCUCAUGAGAAUUUAAUGGAUGAUUAUUUUUGUUUCUAAACCAAAUUAGGAACGUGUUGCGAGGGCUUCACUUGUCAAUAUGGCCACUGUACCAAGGGUGUAAAGGAAGGAGAGCCCGGAACGUAUUGCGACAGGACUUCGGACUGCCUCGGUAAAGAGUCGUGUUGCGUUCGGGAAAUUUCCAUCAACCCACACACAUCUCUAUGCAAACCACUGUUGGAUGAAUUUGAGUCAUGUGGUCCAAUCAACUUAUUCCAUCACAUUUAUAACGGAGGAAUGGUGGAACCGGACUGCGGGCCGUGCAAAGCAGGACUGCAAUGUAAAAAUGUUGGGUACGUUAUCUGUUGA